GAGACCAGUUAAUCUCCACAUUGGGGGCUGUGCAGACCACGGCAGAUGUGAUCCUGGAAAUACUUGUAACUUACUGAGCAAAAAGAACACCUCCAUCCAUUUCACCGGAAAAUUGUUAGGAGGAGACUAUAUUUAAGACUUCAUCAAGGAUCUGCACUUUUUAUCACAGCUGUCAACAGUAAAGUAAAAUAUACACUAUGCAGUCGCACAACACCCUCACAAAAGAACUGAAGCAGCAAGCAUCAGCCAUUGUAAAAGAAAUCCAAGGAAAAGAGAUAGAGAUGGACUUUGGGAAAAAGAUCAGUGUUCCUAAAGACAUAAUGCUGGAAGAGCUUUCCCUCCUUUCCAACAGAGGGGCCAGAUUGUUUAAAAAAAGACAACGUAGAUCUGAAAAAUACACUUUUGAAGGAUUCCAGAACUCUGCCAAUUCACAGAUGAAUAACUAUAUUCCAUCAAUAACGCAGAGUGAUGAUGCAGCAGAGAACAGCAAAGGAAUGGGAAAUGGAGUGCAGAGUGGGCAACAAAACACCCCUCAAACACCACCAAAUACUCCUGAUCCAAGGACUCCACCAAACCCAGAUACAAUUGCUCCAGGAUACACAGGGCCACUGAAGGAAAUUCCACCUGAAAAAUUUAAUGCAACAUCUGUACCAAAAUCAUAUCAAACACCAUGGGAGGAAGCUAUUGCUGAUGAUCCAGAACUUCUCUCAGCUUUACAUCGCAGAAUGCCAGAGCUUGAGCCAAGGGCAGAACUGACAGAAUACAAGACUUUUAACAGAGUUGCAACUCCUUAUGGUGGUUUUGAAAGAGCUUCCAAACUUGUAGGUUUCAAGCUACCGAAGCUGGAUUUUGCAUUACUGGAACCAGAGCUCAGAUUGCCUGUUUUCCAAGAUGGGACAGCUGGUCGACCAAGCUUCAACAGAACUGCCCAAGGAUGGACAUCUAAUAAUGUUCCCAUUACAUUUAAAGAUCUGUCUUUGGAAGUAACCAUUCCUGAAACAGAUGACCUCUAGAAUAUUAGUGUGCAUUUAAUUAUAUCGAUAACACAUUUUCCUUUAUUAUACAUAUAUAGUGAUGCAAUCAACUUGAGUUGAUAUUUCCUAGCAAACAGAAAAUAAUCCAAAUAAAUAUAAGUAUUCACAUUCAGUAUACAUAAAAGCCUAUACCAGUGUCUAAUGUUGUACAAAUUUUCAACCAGACCCUGAAUAUUCUCAGAUUGUCUGCUCCUGCACUCCCAAGACAUUUUUAUAGUGCAAUAGAACCUUGAUAAAUGCAUAUAAAUAACAUUUCCAUGGGCCACUUUUAUGAAAAUUGUCCAAAUUUUGGGUCUAAUUUUUAUAUGGCUAUAUAAGAAUUUUUAAAUGCCAUUACAUAUUGAAUGUUUCCUGUACAAAAAGAAAUCAAAACCUUAAUUUUGUAGCAUUAGUAAAAUUUUGUCAUUGCAAUUACACUUCUAUUGAAUGUACUUGUAGGAUAGCCAUGAUGCUCACAGUAUUUCAUUCUGACCAAUUGACUACUGGCCUCAGUUUUUACAUUAAGCAGUGAACUUAGCUGUCAGUAAUAAUGAACAGAUCAUUUUAUCAGAAGCUAGAAUGUAUACUUCUCCUUCAGCUUUCAGUUGUUUUCAUUUUAUCUUCUCUACUUCCUCUCCUUUUCCUUUCUUUCUCUUGAAGCAAUGAGAAACACAGGGACCUUUCAAUAUUUAAUAAUUGGCAAUCAAGCUUUGAUUAAUUAUUAGUAUUUUGAAAGGUAAUAACUGGGAAACGUUAGGCUAAGUAAACUAACAUUCACAGACAUACAUCAGAAGCCAGAUUUUCUCUUCCUCACUCCAAGCUGGCGUAUGGUCCCUUUCCCUACUGUUCCUCCAAAUAUUUUGUGUUCAUUUUUAAGAUUAUUUUUGAUUGUGUCAUGCAAGACCUCAUCAGACAAUGGAUUAACAAGUAAUCCUAACUUUAAUUCUUUUGGUAAAUCCGUUGCAUGUUAAUUCAUAACAUACUUCUGAUGAUGUUAAUGAGCUGAUUUCAUGAGCAACUGCUAACAAUGCCACUUGGAAAUUUCCUCACUGUUAUGGAUCUGUGUAGAUUAGAACAGUCUACUAACUGAAAUUAAGGUGAGAGAAGAAACCAAUUACAAUUCCAAGAGAAAACAUUCAUCCAAAUACCAGGUUUUUAACAUUUUCACUCAUUUAAAGUUUGCAUAAAUGUUAUUCAAUAGAGUGUUUUAAAGUGCCGGUGAAUAGAAAAUCUCAUGUAAAAUUAUAUUGUAGUGUGAUCAGCAUGUUAGACCAUAACAAAUCACUUGCUGUAAACGUCUUUUAAUUAGUAUAAUAGCAACCAAACAAGAAGCUGAAUAAUACGGUAUAACAAUAUAAUAACAGAACUUGUUGAUUUGUAAUGGCACAGAAAAUAUUUAUUACAAUAGCCGAUAACUCUGAGCUUUCAAUGGUAGAUAUUACAGAUGUAGUUUCAGUUAAAGGAGACUUUGUUUUAUGUUAUUGAAACUGUAAUAUAAACUAGAUUUAUACUGCAUCACUUUAGUAGCAAUGUGAGUGAGAAUUGCUUCAGUGAGCACUGAAUUGAAGUUUGAACAUCUUUAAUGUAAAUUAGUCAUUUCACUCAAUUUUGCCAAGAAAGAUUUGAAGAUUUCCCAAUGAAUCUUCCUAAUUAAUUUCAGAAAACAAUUGAUACACUCCUGACUGCUGGUAUAUUCUCCUACUUUCCAUGAAAAUGUUCAAAUCAUCCAGGUUUUACACAAUAAUUCCUCAGAAAUUUUGAGUGGCUAAGGAAAUACACCUCUGAUUAAUUUUAAUUAGGUCCCUACCUACUACAGACAGUGUUGUGAUGUGUUAACUGUUUUACUGAAAUAAGACUGUAUUUAGCAAUUUAUCACAAUUCUUAAAUGGUUGAUGUGCUUCUUGUACAAUAAAUUAUUCUGAGGUGCACCAUCUGUUCUGUUUGAAAAUACAGCAAUCAUUGUGUUUGCAGUAUGACCACAAUCAGGUUUAAUGUCACUGGCAUGUGUUGUUUCGCACCAGCAGUACAUUGCAACACAUGAAAAAAACUAUCAACUACAAUAAUAUAAAUAUUAAAAUCAAUUACAUAUGUAAUGCAAAAAAGAGCAAAAAAAAAGUGAGGUAGUGUACAUUCAGAAAUCUGAUAGUGGUGGGGAAGAAGCUGUUCGUAAAACAUUGGGUGUGGGUCUUCAGGCUCCUGUAUCUCCUCCUUGAUGGUAGCAAUGAGAAGAGGGCAUGUUUUGGGUGAUGGG